AAUAAUACUAAUUGACGUGGAGGUCAAAAAUAAAACCUUCCGAUCGUUUCCAGUCGGAAUUAUUUUGGUAGUGCACAGGAGGAGUGUCGAGACACCGGUGCAGCAGCUACACAGCUGCAUCCGGUCGCAGUCAUUCACGUUUGUUACUGAAAUUGGGGUUCUUUCCCCACAAACCUACCUCACAGCUUAAACCUCACUCAGUGAGUCUGGUUCAUUUAUGUAGGUUACAGUGUCGUAUGUUUAGAAAUGGCAAUUUUAUUAAAAAUAGUUAAAGAAAAAAAGCUAGGAAAACAAACGUCAUGAACUUGUGACCAAAGUGAACGGACCUGGUGUCAAACUACCCAGUGAGUUUUAUUAACUAGUUUUGUUGUGUACCAUGGUGCCACUAAAACGAAGAAAAACUCUCCCCUCAGAUGUUGGGAAUACUGUCAGUGACAGCAGUGGACAUAAGGUACCAAACAGGUUCCCUCAAAUUGUUUUGUUCCUGUUGGAAAGAAAAAUGGGAGCCAGCCGAAGAUUUUUCCUCUCUCAACUCGGACGAAAGAAAGGCUUUCAGGUGGAGGACGUGUUCAGUGAAAGCGUCACACAUGUUAUUUCUGAGAAUAACUGUGGCACUGAGGUCAGGACGUGGCUAGAGUCUCAGGGAAGGGGUCAGAGCCUCAGAGUUCACCUCCUGGACGUCAGCUGGUACACAGAGAGCAUGCAUGCAGGUCAUCCUGUGGAGAUAACACAUAGACAUAAAUUACAGGAGCAGCAGAUCAGUGAAGCAGAGGUUGCUUUGUUCUCAGUAUCCAGCUAUGCCUGUCAGAGACGAACCACUCUGGACAACCAUAACAGCAACUUGACUGAUGCCUUGUCGCUUUUAGCUGAAAACGCUGAGCUCAGUAAUGAGGACGGACGAGGCGUUGCCUUUCGACGGGCUGCUGCCUUGUUGAAGGCGCUCCCCACACAGGUGAUAAGCAUGUCACAGCUCAGGGGUCUGCCUUGUCUUGGAGAACACUCACUUAGAGUUAUAAAAGAUGUUUUGGAGAAUGGAGUGUCAAGUGAGGUUGAAUCCACCAAGCAGUCGAAGCGGUACAAAGCACUAAAGAUUUUGACUGGUAUUUUUGGAGUUGGAGCCAAAACUGCUGACCGAUGGAUUAGAGAGGGAAUAUACAACCUUGAGCAGUUACGAGAUUCAGGACAAACACUUAAUCGAGCACAAAAAGCAGGUCUGGAGCACUACGAUGACCUCAACGAGCCAGUCACUAAAGCAGAAGCAGAUGCCAUCGGGGAGAUUGUGCAGAAAGCUGUCAAUUCUGUGCUACCAGGAUCAGAGGUCGCUCUGACGGGAGGAUUCAGGAGAGGGAAGCUGACGGGCCACGAUGUUGACUUUCUGAUAACGCACCCAGAGGAAGGCAAAGAGGUGGGACUGAUGCCUAAAGUGGUCGCCUGGUUGGAAUCACAGGGAUUUCUCUUGUACCAGAAAACUACAAGAAACUCAUACCUGGAGUCGAAGGAUGGCCCUGCUCGGCCUGCCUCCAACAUGGACCGCUUUGAAAGGUGUUUCUCCAUCUUUAAACUGACCAAAAGGAAGGAACAAGAAAGCACGCAGCCAGAGGAGCAAAAUGAUCUGAAAACCGAGGACGUUCUCAGACCUCACAUGCAGGCGGACACAGAUCAACAAUUAUGUGAGCUCAGUAAGAAUUACCAGAUGGAAGCUGCAUCACACAAAAUAUGGAGAGCUGUGAGGGUGGACCUGGUGGUCUCUCCGAUCAGCCAAUUUGCUUUUGCUGUGCUGGGCUGGACCGGAUCCAAGUUGUUUGAGAGGGAGCUGCGACGUUGGGCUGGGCAUGAGAAGAACAUGUCUCUGAGCAGUCACGCCCUAUUUGAUAAUACACAGAAUAAAUAUCUGAGAGCUACAUCAGAGGAGGAGAUAUUUGCUUAUCUUGGUCUGGAGUACAUCCCUCCAUCAGAGAGAAAUGCUUGAAGCGGCCUGAUCAGCUGCUACAUUGCACGCAAGCAAGAGCUGGAGGGCAGAAAUAAAUGCUUCUGUUAGAAGGGCGCCAUCAUGGCAUGGAGUUGCUGUGUAACUACUAAAGAAAUAUUAUAUGAUUGAACUCAAUGAUGACACCCACUCAGAUGACUGACAUUUUCUUAUUACAUGAAUACUGAAUUUUAUUUAUUAAUCAAAUACACUGACCGGAACUGAACCUGUUUUGUUUUUUUAAUAAAUGUGAAAUUUACAACUGAAAGAGUGAAAACAAACCUUGCUUCCAGUAACAGUGUAAUUUCAGAAAUUACGCAGACUUCCUAUUUACAUAUAAUUUAUGAAUUUUUGGGCCACAGUAUCAAAACGAACACAAACAACUGAUAUGCGAUACAGGACUACAUAAAGUGCAAGUGUAUAAAAAACAAAACAAAACAGUGCAACACCAGACACAGCACAAUGCAGACACAACAGUGCAAUAAAAAAGUGCAACAAUGACA